AGAGUUUUAGAGUGAGCAGCCAUGAGAAGUGCAUAAUGAGGGAUGAGGAACUCUUUAUCAUGCUGAAAAACUCUUUAUAAGAACCAUAUACUUUUAUAGCACUGUGAAUAAUAUUCAUUAGUAUGUUAGUAUGCGCUACUAUGUCUUUUACAUGGAAAACUUAUUUUAUUAUUUUGAUCUUAUUCCAGUUUCAAGUUUCAGCUGAGAGUUCAGAAUCAACAAGAGACAGUACUGUUACAACUACAUCAGAUACAACAAUACUAAUUAUUGACUUUGCCACAAGAAGUGAAAGGUCAGAAACAACCACAGCCAACUCUCCGACAACAACUCAAAAUGCAACUUUACAAACUAAUGACUAUGCCAAAACAACUGAGAGUUCAGAAAAAACAACAACCAACUCUCCUACAACUACACCAGAUGCAACUAAACCAAUAACUGACUCGGCCACAACAGCUGAGAGUUCAGACACAAAUACAACCAACUCUCCUACAACUACACCAGAUGCAACUAUACCAACUACUGACACUGCCACAACAGCUGAGAGUUCAGAAACAACUACAGCCAACUCUCCUACAAUUACACCAGAUGAGACUAUAUCGACUACUGACUCUGCCACAACAGCUGAGAGCUCAGAAACAACUACAGCCACCUCUCCAACAACUAAACCAGAUGCAAUUUUACAAACAAGUGACUCUAUUACAACAGCUGAGAAUUCAGAAACAACCACAUCCAACUCUCCUACAACUACACCAGAUGCAACUAUACCAACUACUUACUCUGCCCCAACAACUGAGAGAUCAGACACAACUACAGCCAACUCUCCUACAACUACACCAGAUGCAACUAUACCAACAAGUGACACAAUUACAACAGCUGAGAGUUCAGAAGCAUCCACAUCCAACUAUCCUACAACUACAACAGAUGCAACUAUAACAACUAGUAACUCUGCCACACAAACUGAGAGUUCAGAAACAACCACAGGCAGCUCGUCUACAAGUACAUCAGAUACAGCUAUACCAAAUACUGACUCUGCCACACAAACUGAGAGUUCAGAAGCAGCUACCGCUAUCUCUCCUACAACUACACUAGAUGCAACUAUACCAACUAGUGACACUAUUACAACAGCUGAGAGUUCAGAAACAACCACAGGCAGCUCUUCUAUAAGUACACCAGAUGCAACUAUACCAACUACUGACUCUGCCCCAACAUCUGAGAGUUCAGAAACAACUACAGCCAACUCUCUUACAACUACACCAACUAAUGACACUAUUACAACAGCUGAGAGUUCAGAAACAACCAGCGGCAGCAAUUCUAUAAGUACACCAGAUGCAACUAUACCAAUUAGUGACACUAUUACAACAACUGAGAGUUCAGACACAACUACAACAACAGCUGAGAGUUCAGAAACAACCAGCGGCAGCACAUCUACAACAACACCAGAUGCAACUAUACCAACUAGUGACAUUAUUACAACAGCCGAGACUUCAGAAACAACCACAGGCAGCUCUUCUACAACUACAGCAGAUACAAGUAUCCCAACUACUGACUCUGCCCCAACAUCUGAGAGUUCAGAAACAACUACAACCACCUCUCCUACAACUACACCAGAUGCAACUCUAUCAACUAGUGACUCUGCCACAACAUCUGAGAGUUCAGAAACAACUACAGCCACCUCUGCUACAACUACACCAGAUGCAACUAUUCCAACUGGUGACACUAUUACAACAGCUGAGACUUCAGAAACAACCAGCGGCAGCGCAUCUACAACUAUACCAGAUGGAACUAUACCAACUACUGACUCUGCCCCAACAUCUGAGAGUUCAGACACAACUACAACCACCUUUCCUACAACUACACCAGAUGCACCUAUACCAACUAGUGACUCUGCCACACAAACUGAGAGUCCAGAAACAACUACAGGCAACUCUUCUACAACUACACUAGAUGCGACUAUACCAACUACUGACUCUGUCCUAACAACUGAGAGUUCAGACACAACUACAGCCACCUCUCCUACAACUACACCAGAUGCAACCAUACCAACUAGUGACACUAUUACAACAGCUGAGAGUGACACUAUUACAACAGCUGAGAGUUCAGAAACAACCAGCGGCAGCACAUCUACAACUACACCAGAUGCAACUAUAUCAACUAGUGACACUACUACAACAGCUGAGACUUCAGAAACAACCAGUGGCAGCGCAUCUACAACUGCAACAGAUGCAACUAUACCAACUACUGACUCUGCCCCAACAUCUGAGAAUUCAGAAACAACUACAGCCACUUCUCCUACAACUACACCAGCUGAAACUAUACCAACUAGUGACACUAUUACAACAGCUGACACUAUUACAACAGCUGAGAGCUCAGAAACAACUACAGCCACUUCUCCUACAAUGAUACCGUACUACGAAACCAAGAUUGAAAACUUCUUAAAUAUAACAAAUAUAACACUGAGUGUGAAGGUUAAGCAUGAUAUUGUUGUACAAAUUGAAAACAACAAUGUUAAUGAAGGCUAUAAUGAGGUGUUUCAGUCUGUCAAAAAUGCUGUUGAAUCAGUUACAGAAUGCACUCCCACAACCACUGAAAAGAAUUACUUCUAUCAUUAUAAUGCAUUUGAAUCAUAUGAUGCCAUUACACUUUCUUCGUUGUUAGAGUACUGUGAUCAAGUUACAGCAAUGUUUCCUGAGGAGUACCGUCAGUAUUUCAUUUCUGCUACUGUGAUGGGUAAACUAACAUGUAUCAACCAAUGUCAUCCUGAUCAUCCUACUCCAAAGAUCUGCAUGAACAAAGCUGUCUUCAGACAGAUGCAAAUUGGUAUCUUGGAGAAGAUUGCAAGUACCAAGUUCACAAAGAAUAAAGACAACAAGGAAGCUCUUGUGAAUCAGUGGAUAGAUGAUGACUUUGAGUGGCCCUCACAAAAAAGAACAAACACAUCUCUUUCAGUUCUUAAUGAAACCUACGAUAAUCCUGCACAAUCAAAUGAGAACUUCAGCCAGAGUACCACAGCUCAGAGAACAACCUCUUCCACAGAACGAUACUUCCCCCAAUUCAACUUGCCUGAAAAUGAAAUCUCACUUCCUUCUCUCCACAACAAUUACCCUGUAAGUUGA